GUCGGCAGGCGGAAGAGCGGUGUGUUUGUGUUUGUGGGAUCAGAGAACCGGCCGCUGAGCGUCGUCUCCAGCAGGUCGUCACCGGGAACGCGGUCGCAACCUCAGCUCGGUGCCUGGACGAAUGGCGGUUCCCGGGGGGGAGACGGGUGUUCAGAUGGACGGAGCGGCGCUGAGCGGACAGACGGUUUCCUCUCACAGCGACAUAGACAUCGACGAGGAAAAGUUGGAGAAUAUCACAAAGAAACACCGAGAGGACGCGACUCUUCCUCUGCACUCACCCUGGACCUUCUGGCUGGACAGGUCAUUACCGGGCACGACGGCUGCACAAUGUGAAUCCAACCUGAAGAAGAUCUACACAGUACAAUCUGUUCAGUUGUUCUGGAGUGUGUACAACAACAUCCCUUCAGCCACAGCCUUGCCUCUGAGAUGUAGCUAUCACUUAAUGCGCGGAGAACGGAGGCCACUGUGGGAAGAAGAAAGCAAUGCAAAAGGAGGAGUUUGGAAGAUGAAAAUACCAAAAGAAAGCACUUUGGCAGUUUGGAAAGAAUUGUUGCUUGCUACUAUUGGGGAGCAGUUUGCAGAUAACUGUGCAUCAGAUGAUGAGGUGGUUGGGGUCAGUGUUAGCGUGCGAGAUCGGGAAGACGUGGUGCAAGUCUGGAAUAAAGAUGCGUCUCUUGCAAACGAAGCAAAUAUCUUGGGAAAAGUCUGUGAACUCCUCCCGAACACAUCUUUUAAGCAUGUUUUUUAUAAGUCUCACAUGGAACAUCAUGCCUUUGAGGGAGGACGCUCAAGACGUUAGAGUGUGAAGCACUUUUGAUUGUGUUUUUAGGCCUGAACUCUGUAACACUCAUAAAGGCUCUGCCCACAACCUAAUCUAGGAUAUUAUUUUGCAUUCAACAAGCAAAUGUUAUCAAUAUAUUUUUAUAACCUUUAAUGACUGAUGCCUUGUUUCAUUUCGAUGUGGAUCCUGAAGCUCUGAGCUCUUCAGACCAUGUGUAAAUCUCGCCCCCAGUUCAUUAGUACAUGAUGGUUUUGACUCCCUCCUGUACUGACCUGCACUGCCAUGGUCCUGCUCUCUGUACAGGCCAUUGACCUUACAACUAGGAUCUGGUAUAGAGGUAACAACUUAAUAACCUAGUAUGUUUUCAACUGUUUUAUUUAGUGCCAAAGCACUUUUUAGUGACCCCGGCUGGAGUUUUCACCUCAUGAGGAUUGCAUUUUCCCUUAUAUAUGGUUAUAUGUCGGUGGAAAAAAAGAUCAUGAGUCAGUGCAGCAGGUUUCUUUAAAGUAAAGAACUUUAACAGAGAUAGUGCAAUCAUGUAUUUUACACAUACUUUUCCAGUCAUUUUAUGUGACACUUUAUCACCCAGUCUGAGUCACACAGUUGACACAGUUACUAUUACUUUAUUACAGCGUAGGCUCCAGUAAACUUGAGGCCUUGUGUUAUUGUAUGUCUCACCACUUUUAUAGUUCAACUUUGGACUGGUUGAUGAGUUGGUUAUAAGGGAAUGAAUUUUCCUUUUGUUAACAGGAUUUUGUAGUGUUAAGGACAAAGUGAAUAAAAUGUAAGUUAAAAUAAA